UGACGUCGCCACCCCUCUCCUCGGGGCUGGCGCGGGGAGUGGUAGCUCCUGAGGUCCCCGCUUCCGCUGGCGCUGGUGGCCUAGCUGCCUACCGCUGCCCUUGGUCGUGGGUCGUGCUCGGCACCGGCUGCAGCAGCCACGAUGACCUUGCUUCAGCUUGUACGUGAACACUGGGUUCAUAUACUUGUCCCUAUGGGAUUUGUCUUUGGAUGCUAUCUAGACAGGAGGGAUGACGAAAAGCUAACUGCCUUCCGGAAUAAGAGUAUGCUAUUUCGGAGGGAACUGAGGCCCAAUGAAGAAGUUACUUGGAAGUAAAGCCUGAGGCUAAAUCUCAGAAUGUUCACAUUUUAAAAGUCAUUGAAGAAAUAAAACAUUUAUUAUUUAA